AUCAAUCUUUUUAAUCAGCUUCUUGAUAUGUCACUAACAGGGAUGUAAAACAAAUUUGUGCUCAACAUUUGAGAGAAAUAAGCUUUUUGUGGCUAUGGAACAUUUCUGAGAUAUUUUAUUUCUGCUCAUGGAACAUGCGACCAACCAUGUUACGUUUCUAUUUCUGUUCAGUAUAUGUUUUCAAAGUUACCUGGACAUAUCCCUGAUUAGAAUAAGGCACUAGGUCAUACUGGAAACAAACACACCCAACACUUAAUACAGCUCAUUUGUAUUGGAACAAUAAGAAACAGGUUUUUCCAUGUUUCCACACAUAAUUGGCAUAUAUUUGCAUAGGCAGAUGUAGUCUCUGUGGUACGUCCCUAUAACAAGUCACCAGACCAGAGGAUCCCUUCUGUGAGAGAGAAAACACUAAGGGAAGCCUGCUCUCUAAGAGUUCGGUAACCCAGUGUCCUGUCCAAAGCCAAGCAUAACCUGUAUGAGGAUCCUUCUGCUGGUUGUUCAUCUGCUUCAAUCCAGCACAUCCUAAUAUCUCACUAGGGUUCCAGAGAGGAGAGAGGGGCUGGAGCUGUUCCAAACAUCAAAGGCAGACCCAUACUGGUUAUAAGGGAAACCACCCUCUGACCUAGUCCUGUAGACAUGGGGAAGAUAGAAAGCAAACAACCAGCCCCGGACAUUCCCAAGAAAAACUCAACCUGGUGGGAGAGGCUACAGAAGAAGCCACCAGCUCCAACCAUGACCAUUCCAAACAUGAACUUUAACUUCCCAACCCUGUGGGGAAGGAGAGAGAGCAAGCUACCAGACCCAGACAUACCCAGUAUAUUCUCCACUCUGUGGAGAACCCCCAACAACCCCAACGAUUUUGUCCCUCUAUUCACCGACUGUGUGGGGAUAGCUGCAGCUAGGACCCAGGAGUACCUCCUGUUCCUGGACCCAGAGGACAAGUUCCAGCCUAGCCCGUCAGCCCUCAAUGAUAUCUUUCUAAUGACCUACAUCACCCAGAGCAGCCACCUCCACAUGACCGACUCCUUUAACUGCACCACCAUGACCAAGCAGCAGCGCAUCCUCCUGGGUGCUGACUGGGUGUGGGCUGUGCUGGAGAGGCCCACCAAGAACCCCCGCAUCCAGAUCGCCGUGCAGAUCCUGCACCUGCCCGAGAGGGGGGGAGGGCCAGCCGAGGACAUCCCCCCGGAGGUAUACACUGAAUCCAUGCAGAUGGCCAAGAUGGAGUCUGCUCAUAAGAACAAGGCAGAGAGGAUGGUGGAUUUCUGUGCCUCCAUCGGUAAUGACUGCUACGCCCUCUUUCUCCUCUUUGGCCGCAAGGGCGACCCGGGCAACAUCUACGGAGUGCUGAGCAACAACUUUCACGCUGCUAUAGGGAAGACUAAGAUCAACCGUGCACUCAUUGAGAAUUUCUUUAAAGGAUCCAGGUACUUACACACACCCACUGGAAUGCUACAGGCUAUUGUCACCAAGAGAGAUUCUGACCCUUUAACUUUGCUCAUCAAGUUUACCUGACCAGUGUGAUCGAUGACAGAGCAGCCAUAUGGGACCUUUCAGAUUACUCUGUUUACUGUAGUGUUUCACAUGGGAGGAUGGACUGUUGUGAUUGUUGGGUUUAUGCUUGCCUGGGACUUGGCGACCCAGUGUGCUGAAAUUGGCCUGUGUCCAUAUCUCGUUUGUGGACUAGUGACCCAUGCCUGCUGACAGCUGCUCACACCCCUGUGCCCAGAAUGGAGAGGUUGGGGCGCCAUGGAUGCUGGGUCAUGGGGAGUGGGCCACACAUGACAAUGAGCACAUCGUUGGACACCAGGGGAAGGUGCUCUUUCAUCAUAUCAGCAUUCACAAACCCUGAGCUGUACUUCCAGUCUGUAAUUAGAGGAAAACACAAGCUGAAUUCAACUGUUUUUAAUCAACAGAUAAGGAUCAGCCCUGCAGGCCAAUUAAACGAGCACACCCUGUUAGCGAAGAUGUGUUUCAUUUAUGUGGAACUAACGGAUGAGUGCCAGGAUAGACAAUUAGCUGGAGCCUCAUUUGCAUACUGUACCAUAUGAGGAAGCUACUGUAUAGGUGACGGGUCACAAGGCAAAACAGAAUCUAAAUAGAACGUUUAGAUCAUAGCGAUGUUGGGAUAUGAUUGGAGGGGGAAGGGUUUCCAUUCAUUCAGUUGACAUCAGUAACAGACCAAUUCAAAAGGGUUUCUGCAGCCAGUCCCUAUAAAGGGUGUGGUGACACAGCAUGGUAGAAAUGUGUUUUUUUGCAGUCCAACACGAAUGAUACAAUGGUAUUAGCCCAUGACAACCCUGUACCUUAAUCUUUUUUGUCAUGGAAUACUAUGGUCUUACCCUGUGGAGGUUUGUCAAUAGUGAACCACAAAUUGAGUUGUUCAGAGUGACUCUUCAGCACCUUUUCUAGUUCCUCCCGCAGUAGAAUAUCCUUAGUCUGGGGGCAAGAAACCAUCAUUAGAAGAAGGUUUAAAAUUGCUAGUGCUACAACUAAUACAGUAUGUCAUUGAGUCUUGUUAAACCAUACUAAAGGUGAGACAUUGAUCUUGGUUGUCUAUCGUCAGAUCGUCUGUUGUAUUCGGCGCAUGUGACUAAUACAAUUUGAUUUGAUGAUUGUCAUUGAAGUUGAAUUGA